AUGGAAUGUCUUUACAACUAUGCAUCCACCUAUAUCCUGGGUGUGGGAAUCAUUGACGGAGAAAUCCUGGAGCUGUUGUGGUCCGUGUUAAAUGACACAUUCCGGAGUACAUGUUCCGCUACCACUGCCCAUCAAGCAGAGGUUUUGGACGACCACAUGGGGGAUUCCAACUGGAAGAAGACCAUUAAUAUGGCUGCAACAAUUGCUGCAAAGUUCAAACGGGCACGGGAACAGUCCAGAAUCACAGACCAAUUUUAUAGGGGUAUCACGGAUCAACAAGAUUCCGGGCUCAUUAACACUUGGGAAGAUGAAAUUUCAAAAGCAGAAGCGGACCAAGAACAAGGUGUGGCCAACGCUGUUGGCAAGGUAAUGGCAAGAAAAGUGAAAACGGCUGCUGGACGCCAAGAAAUUGAAUUGCAUCUUUCAAAUAUGGAACUUACAUCUAAUGGUGCUACUGGAAAGGCAGCAUGGAUAUCAUCCGGCUUAAAACUGGAGCAAGCGCAAUUAGAGCUCAGGGAAACUUGA